AUGGCGCUCACUUAUACGCCAAAGACAAGCUUUCUCGACCUGUCGGCAGAACUUCAGAAUUUCGGCCUGAAGCGCCUGAGCAUGGUCCGCGAGAUCCGCAGAGAAGAGUUCGGUAGUGAUAAGUGCCUCCACCAGUCCAAGAAGCACCUUCAACAGAUUAUGAGGAAGCUCAAGAAGCACAACAAUCCUCUACGUCAGGAUGCUGUACGAGUGAAGCUCCUCGUGUCUGUACCUCCGAAAUUGGGAUCGCUGAUUUCCGAACCGACGGCCAUGUGGAUCUCCUCGGCGGAAAUCGACGAUCUUAGGCAGGAUGUCCAGGGUGCAGAGAAUGUGGCUUGGUGCGAUGCAAAUAUCGUGCACCGUUGCCACGGUCCGAUCUUCUGGAAAGACCAUGAACCGAUGGGACCCACGGUCUUUCUCCCAAUCCCUUGA